GUGCGGUUGUAAACAAUCACGAGAAUGGCUGGUGCCGGUGGUUGGGGUCAGUUUCAGAAGCUUCAGGACCGUUUCUCGGGCCUGAUUCAGGCCAAGUGGUCCAGCAACGGGUCCAACAGCAAGACGCGGAAUGUGGCCGACUCAAAACGGGACCUUUUGUUCGUGUGGAACGCCAAGGAGUGCAGCAUUUUGGUCGCGAACGUCGCCCUGCUGGCCAACGCGUUCGAAGGAGGGAAAACGCAUCAGGUGCUUGAGCUGACAUCCAUUCCCGACUUCACCGUAGACCGGUUGUUGGUCAAUGACACGUGCACCUACCUGGCACUGGUUGGCGCCCGGAUGGCGUCCAUCGUCAACUUGCCUGGACGUUGGGGCUCCUCUGGGCUGUUUGUCGCCGGGGAAGACUCUGUUUUGUGCAAGAGCUACGCGGUCAGCACGUCCUUCUUCAUCAGGUCGCAGUCGCUCGAGAUCAGAGACUUCAAAUGGUGUCCUUCACCUUUGCCUGACCAGCUCUUUCUCAUCCUAGCUUCAAACAACACUUUGAGACUUUACAGAGCCACGUCUCCGGAAACUGUUCUGCAAAAGUGGCGCGUCGGCCGCUCACCCAUGAACCCUCCAAACGUAUCAAUGCUGACCUGCUUGGGCGAGACGGCCGUUUCCUUCGACUUCUUGCCCCAGAUGCCACUCAGCUCCUUGGACUCGGGCUCCAGUGAAGACAAGAGUGACACGUUGGUCUUCCCAGGCACCAGCACACCCAUCCCUCAGAGAUCGCCACCAGAUGGAAACGAAGAGCAGGGGGAUGAAACCCUCGUCUGGCCGAUUGCGGUACUCUUUGGUAAAGGGGACGUUUUCAUUGUGGUCCCGCCAAACUUCAACCCUGCUACAGCUUCUGGUUUGCCUGCCAAACUAUUUGGCCCUUUGCGGAUGUUCCCUUCCACCCCAGACAACUAUGGGGCAGAAUCCUGCUCCCUUCUUUGCCUGCCAUGUCAACCUCCAGUUCUGGUGAUCGCCUCUUCAAGUGGAGGCGUCAUCUACCAUUCUGUCCUGCUGCAGAAACACCAGGACGCUUGUGACGUGUCUGCAGAUGAUGAAAUUCAAUCGAGUUGCUUCGAGCCAGGGGGUGAAGAUUUGGGCGUCAGCGAAUGCCAGAAGGCGCUCUACGUUUUGGAGAAGGUUGCCCUCGAGCUGGGGCUUCUGACCCCUGAACAGGCGAGUGAAGAGUUGGAAGACUCGCUGUUCCAUUGCAGAAUCCAACUGUACAAGGACCCAAUAUCAACCUCAAGAUAUUUUUGCUGUCAUGAAGCUGGAGUGAACAUCAUUUCUGUGCCCUUGGUGUCCGAAAUUCUUAGAUUGGCGGCCAAUAAAACUUCCAUGGAAACGGUUCUAGAUUACAUGCCCACCAACGCUUUGGCCAGCAUGGAGCAGUACCUGCUCUGCACCCAGGCUUCAAACCAGAGCAACUGUCUUAGAAUCCAGGGAAUGACAGUCCUCAGCUCUCAAUCGCUGGCUCUCUGCAUUCUCCCCAAUGGUAGAUGCGCCCUUCUGCCGCUGCCCCUCGCUUUCCUCCAGCCAGACUCACCUGUUGUCGAAUCAGGCGUUGACUCAACCGGGCAAAAGCAAACUGCGGGCAAUGCCUUUGUGGACCAAAUCAAGCGCACACUAUCUCAUUCGUCAACACAGCCCCUUGUCAUGCUGCCUCCUGGAUUGUCUCCUUCUGAUAAGGAACUGCUUGAGAUCUUGAAGAGAAGUACUCAGACUUUGCGAACCGAGUAUUUGGCCAAGCAUGUGAUUGCUCGAGAAGAAUUCAAGCGAAAAGUUACAAUCUUGAAAAACACUGUUGAAGUGAGAAAGAGGCAAAUUCACCAGUCACAGAACCACAUCGAAGAGCUUGAUUCUUCUAUGGAGGACAUCAAAUCCAGCUUGGAGAGCAGAAUAGAGGUCAUGAAUAAUUUCUUGAAAAGGCUCCAGCAUGUCCAAACUCAGUUGAGCUUGGCCGAGCCAGAAACUUCAGUGUCAGAGCAGAAAUUGAAGGACUUCAUUGAGGAGAGCAGCUCGAAAGUGCAGGGCUAUCAGACCACCAUCAAGUCUCUCAAUUCAAGAGUGAAUGAAAUAGAUCGCAAGAGGGAAGAUUCCAAACAGAAAGAGAGAAAGGAGAGCAUUUACUUGUCGGAGGAACAAGGCAAAACCAUCAAAGCUGCUCUGGCAGAAAACACAAGGGAACUUGCCAGGAUGAAAUCUCGCAUGGAAGGAAUUUUGAAAGCCGUAAAUUCAUCCGUGUGCUAAAAUGGGCCCAAGAACUUCUUGUUUCUAAGUUAAUUUACUAAGAUUAAAUAAUUAAGGUGCCAAUAAAUUGGUUGUAUUCAUUGAAGAAAAAUAUUUUAUUUUUG